CCGCGGAGGCAGGCAAAACGGAGCGCAGCGCUGAGUACUUUCCCCCAGAAGCUCCACUCUCCUCCAGCGUGUGAGCUCGGGGCUGGACGCCUGCGUUUCUCAGGAGCUCCCCCGCCGCCACCCCGCAGGGAGAUUUCUGCUCGUCCGUGGCGGAAGCGCGUCUGCCUGCUUCCGAUCCUUCUCCCUCUGCCGCUCUAGGCUGAGAGACGACGGAGGGCCCGCCGACAGAGGCGGGAGCCAGGAAACGGCCACGAGGCAGCCCUCGGGGUAACGGGGCGGAGUGACAGGGCGAGGGGGCCCGAGGCCCGGCCCGCCUCCCUCCCGCCCUCCGUCCCAUGGGACAUGGCGGGGGCGCAGGAGCUCCGCGGCGGCGGCGCUGCUGCUGCAGCUGAUCGCGCGCCCUCCGGCUCUUCCUUUUCGUCCCUGGAGCAUCAGUGGCUACGGGCGAUGCGGGGCUUCGGCCUCUCCGGGAGCGACCAGCAGAUAGUGGACGACGCCCGGCAGUGCUUGAGGCGCGCCUUGACCCCCUGCCACAGCAGCCACAGCAGCGGCGGCGGCGGCGACGACGACGAGCGGCUGCGUGGCUAUAGCCUUAUACCCAUUUCUGACCUUCAGUCCAAACAACGCAUACCUUGCUGUAGUCAUCUAACUUGGAGUUCGAAUGAAUUCAGGAAAUGGGUUCACCAAAGUGAAAGCAUUUUAUCUAACCAAAGGACUUUACAACGAACACGCUUGAUACUCAUUGGCUACUUGACAAGUGAGAGUCUGGGAGAGAAAGACCAGCUGGUGGAUGGCAGUUUGUAUGUACAAGACAACACUGGUGUGCUGCCCUGUGUGCUCCUGCAUUUUAAACUUGAAUGGCUAGAAUGCUUAAUGCUAUUCCCUAGUUGGGUAUAUAUCCCCCAAACAGACCAGAUCAAAGCUGGGUAUGUGGAGAUCUUAGAAGACCCAGUCCAAGUGAAUCCAGGACCAGAGAAGGUUAUUGAUAUCAUUCCUGUCUUUUACCCAGGACCAGCUACACAGCUGCUCAAUUCCAGGCCUCAGCAUAAGAAGAUGGCAAAGCUGAAUGUGGCAGGUGAACUGUCCAGGCUGAGCACUAGGCUGUAUAUCCACCAGAAGACCUUCUUCUUCCUCUUCUUGAAGUGCUUUAGUUCAGCUGUUUAUCUCCCAGUACUAGUGCAGAAGACGCCCCAGUUGGUUUGGCAUCAUGCACUACAACUGGGACAUAAGUAUGUCCUGACUGCUCUUAAGAUGUCUUGCCUCAAAGCUUCUGGACUGAAGAUAUUCAUUACUAGCUCUUCAUCACAACUUCGGCCUUAUUGUAUGGAACAAGUGAAGGAGCAAUUUCUGGAGAGAACUCCAACUCUUUCCACCAUGGCCUCUAUGCAGUUUAACAAAUUAUUGGAGAAGGAGGAGGAAGAGAUGAUGCUGGUUACAGUUCAGAAAUCCAAGAUGAUCUCCUACAUAGGCACUAUCACCCAGGUGCUAAAUGCCCAAGCUGGCCUCUAUGAACUGGAUAAUAAGUUCACUCUGUGUCUUGCUUAUCAGCAGUUGUUGAAUUCUGGCCGUGGGCUCCGCCCAGGAGCAUGCAUAGAGCUCCAAGAUGUCCACCUUGUUCAGAAGCCUCUGGCUACUUCCCCCUCUGUUCUUGGAGCUUGUCUGCGCAGCACCGUUGUGCUAAAGAGUUUUUCAACAUGCAGUACAUUGCACCAGCCUGUCGUCUCCUUUGGGAAUCUUUACAUGCAAUUGCUUUUGCAUUAUAAUUUACACCUGUCCCUCUAUCUGUGGCUGGUCAGCUUGUUAGAGACAUUUGAACAGAGGUUCUGUUAUUCCACUCAAUGCAAGCAGUUGUUGCUUUGCUGCAAUCACCAAGUCCCAGGAGUAGCAGAGAAGUUUAUUGUUCCUAUUCUGAAUUCUUUGGUGCUAUCCAGAAAACAAGAAAGGAACAUCCAUCAGGAGAUCCUGGCAGAAAAGCAUGACUGCCCCCUAGAACAGUAUCAGUUUCAGGAGCCGCCGUGCCAGAUUCCAGAUUUCUCCCUGCUGUGUGCUAUGGUUGAGAAGAGAUGCUGGGAGAGCUUCAGCCCAUUGCAGCAACUGAGCGCAGCCUCAGAGAUCCACCACCUAAGUGCCCAGGAGCUGAAUCGCAGGUUGGCCUGGUCCCACUACAGUUUAUCCGCUGAGAGCUUUCAACCUCAGAUGGUGUUGCUUGGUGUGUUGAAGAGCUCCAGGAAUGGCUUUCUCCAAUUACAAGACAGAAGUAAAUCACUUCCUUGCGUAAUUUUCCACAAGGAUGGCAGACCAUUUGCAGAUACAUCUCUGAUAGGGUGCCUUCUGCAAAUAGAAACAUUUCAACUUACAAUAGAACGAUUCCUUCAAAGUAACUUUCCGUCCUGGCAGCAGCUGGAGACACAUGAGUAUAUUAAAGAAAAGAGAAUAAGGCUUUACGUGCAGUUCUGUUUUGAGGAUGUGAAGAUUCUUCAUACUCCUGAAAAGAGAGCCCCAGAGGGUCCUGCAGUCGGUGAAAGGGCCUUUUCUGGGGUAAAGGGCAGUGACACCUCAGUGGCUGAGCUGAGAACCCCAGAAAGGAGGGGGUCAAGUGUGGGAAGGGCAAAACCAGGUUCCAGCACACUUGAACCUCCCCAGAGCACUGCUAGGGAAGUCAGCUGCGUGAGCCGUCUGUUUUUGGUGACCCAAAAAGAAGGACUCGUGCGCCGCAACUAUCUGCAGAAUUCAGGAGGCAACGCUGAAGAUGAUCGGGCAGCGCACCUCUGCUUUCAGGCCACAGCGCAAUGGAUGGGCCAACCUGAGCUCUGCAAGAGCCUUGGAGGAAGUGGGGCCCAGCAAGACCUUCAUGCCUCUGCUCUUGAAGAGACCAGUGAAGCCCCGCAGAAAGUAUUGCUACUGUUCAUGAGGCAAUCGCUCCAGUGGUUCCCAUUCCUGCACCCUGAUCAUCUGUACCAGCUUGUCCUACCCCAGUGUUUGGACUUGGCUGUGUUUGACAAAAUGUGCUUCUCACCAGCACCGGGAAGCCUCUUGAAUAUGUUGAACGGUUCCGUGUUUCUGCGUGUCCCAGACACUGCCCAGCUGCACCACGUGAGCCCGAUUUCUCAGCUAGUUUCAGCCGUGUCGGAGGCAGAACGAAAACAGUUCUCUAUUGCAGAGAUACUCAGCCCUAGUUUCACAGGAUCCCUGGUCUCUUUCUUGGGAGAAAUAGUGGAGAGGUGUUUGUGUGAAUCUCUUGCUGGAAAGAAGUCAGUAACAGAUUUCUGCACUCAGCAGAAGGGUAACCUCUUCCCCCGGGAUUAUACUGUGAAGCUGAGCAUGUCACCUGCAGUUGGUUCCCCACUCCUGCUGGAUGUGUAUAUCGAAGCCACUUACCUGCCAGACCUUUGGGGUCUGCUGCCUGGAGCCAGGAUUCUCUUCCAAAACCUGCAGCGCAAAGUUUCCAGGUUUAGAAAUGUCUAUUGCACCUACAUUGCCUCUAGCUGCAUGUGGCUUCUGACUCCUCCGUCUUACAACCCACCUUCCCAUCAUCUGGGUUCCCUCCCAUUGCUUCCAGAGGUGUAUUUGUUCAACAUGCGGCUUCAGCCUCCUGGACAGUGCCAAGCCCAGGCCACCUGCCACCUGACGUGCGUCCUGUCUUUGUCCCUGCAAUGGAUCUGCUCCCUCUGCAACAGCACUUCCACAGAGGGCAGAGGCGGCCAGUAUAACCCAUCUUGUUUGUCACAUACAGGAGUGAGUAAAGCUAGUGCCAAGAUCCUAGUGGAAGAUGGAACAAAUGAGUUUGUAGUGUUGUGCAAGAACCAGCAGGUGCAAGAACUGCUGGGUCUCAGCCCCAAGGAGUGGGGUGUUAUGCAAAAGCAUCUUCAGAGCAAGGGCAGUGUCUUCAUUCAGCAUAACGAAGUCAGCACAGGGCCUGGGAGAAGGGAAGAGCUUGAAGACCUGUUCACAUGGUACUUGAGAAGCUUAUGCAGAAGCCCACUUGUCUGUCGUUCCAUAUUGUUGACUUUCAGACUGGAUAAGAAGCCUGCGGAGGUUCCUGAGGCAGGGCCAAGACAGUUGAGGAGGUUUUUCUCUAAUGAAUUAGAGUUCCUAAGUCAGAUGGAAAAUCGGCGGAACUUGAUAUGUCUGAACAUCCAGAAGGUGACCUGAACAAUGUGAAGGGGGAAAGCAAAAUAUCUGUGUGUUUUCUCCUAUCCUGCCUAGAAGAGGAAUGAGGAAAUGUCUACUUCUAUGGGUCAAAACAUUUGGAGAUUUUAAUAAUGUGUUGUUGUUUUUCAAAUGUAUACAAUUCAUUAUACUUGUAAUAGAUUUAUAACACAAAUAACAAAAUAGAUUUGUAAACCAAAAUACAAUUGAUUAUUAAUAUAUGAAAAAUUCUUCUAAUAAAUAUUUAGAAUUUG